AUGAUUGAAUCAUCAAGGAAAAACUACAUACACAGCGACCAAGAGAAAUUAAGGUGUGAGAUGUACAAGGGAGUAAAGGAAACAGUACUGAAUGGAGAAACAACGCCGUCAUCAUGUGGCAAGCGUAUAAUAUUGCCUUCAUCAUUCACAGGAGGACAUGGAUAUAUGAUACAAAACUAUCAGGAUGCAAUGGCAAUAUGUAUGGCUGUUGGUUAUCCAGACCUCUUCAUAACCUUCACGUGCAAUCCGAAGUGGCCUGAUGUUGAAGAUUUUUUGAAUAAUAGAGAGUUAAAUCCACAAGAUCGACCCGAUAUUUGGUAUACAAUUGAAUUCCAGAAACAUGGGUUACCACAUGCAUACAUUCUACUAUUCUUACACAAGGAUGACAAAUUUCCCACUGCCGAAGAUAUUGAUAAGAUUAUAUCAGCUGAGAUACCCGAUAAAGAGACAGACCCUGAAUACUUUGAUGCAGUCGAAAAGCACAUGAUGCAUGAUCCUUGUGGAGUGGCAAAGAAAGAUUCACCAUGUAUGGAAAAUGCUAAAUGCAUUCGACACUUCCCUAAGAGGUUUGUUGAGAGUACUACUAUCGACGAUGAUGAUUACCCGUCAAGAUCUAUUAAGUAUUUGUUCAAAUAUGUGAAUAAAGGUCAUGACCGUGUAACGGCUUCAUUUUAUAAAAGUGCUGCAGACAAAGAGAACAUGGAUGACUAUGAUGAAGUCACCAACAAGAUCUACUCAGAAGCAAGGUCGCUAACUUAUGCAGAAUUCCCUAUACAUUUUGUGUGGAAGGCAAAGGAAAGUGUGUGGUUGCCUCAGAAGAGCCAUGCUGUAAUUGGAAGAAUCUUCUUUGUGCCUCCUGGAUCUGGUGAGAGAUAUUACCUAAGGCUACUACUCAAUUACGUUAGGGGAUCAACUUGCUAUGAAGACAUUCGAACUAUAGAUGGUGUUGUAUACUCAUCAUUCAAAGAUGCAUGUUAUGCACGUGGUCUUUUAGAUGAUGAUAAGGAAUAUGUUGAAGCAAUAGUGGAAGCAAGUUAUUGGGGGUCAGACCUGAACAUGUAUGGGAAGAAACAUGCACUUUAUUAUGUGAUGACAUACUUCAUAGACACAGGAGACUACUCGAUAAUCAAGGCAAAGGAAAGUGUGUGGUUGCCUCAGAAGAGCCAUGCUGUAAUUGGAAGAAUCUUCUUUGUGCCUCCUGGAUCUGGUGAGAGAUAUUACCUAAGACUACUACUCAAUUACAUUAGGGGACCAACUUGCUAUGAAGACAUUCGAACUAUAGAUAGUGUUGUAUACUCAUCAUUCAAAGAUGCAUGUUAUGCACGUGGUCUUUUAGAUGAUGAUAAGGAAUAUGUUGAAGCAAUAGUGGAAGCAAGUUAUUUGGGGUCAGCGUUAGUCCUCAUAGAGGAUGAGAUCAAAGAUUUGACCCUAAUGGAGAUUGAGAAUAUACUUAACAAAUACAACAAGAGUCUAAAAGAUUUUCCACCAAUGCCUAUGCCAGAUACAAACCAAUGUAACAAUUUACUGUAUCCCAAUGGCAUGAAUAGGUUAAUUUGCGAUGAACUCAGAUACGAUCGGCAGAAACUAGCUGCAGAGCAUGUAACCUACUUAGGACUAUUAACUGAUGAACAAAAAGAAGUAUAUAACGAAGUCAUUACUACAGUUCAAACCGGGAAAGGUGGAGUAUUUUUCCUUUAUGGGUACGGUAGGACAGGAAAAACGUUUGUUUGGAAGACACUAGCAUCUGCAUUGAGGUCUAGAUCACAUAUUGUUCUAACAGUUGCAUCUAGUGGGAUAGCAUCACUUUUGUUGCCUGGAGGCAGGACAGCUCACUCACAUUUUGCAAUACCACUUAACAUAGAUUAA